CGCUGAUGUGGAAAGACGCCAUUUGUAAUGUAACUCCUUGUUCGUGUGUGUUGCGGUUGACGACACACAUACAGUAUAAGAGCAGGCAGUCCACGAUGCUGUGAGACAAGACACCGCUGGACCAGGACCAGCUCAGGAGCCUGAGUUGAGGCAGUUAUCAUGGCUCCCAGACCGUCGUCAGGGGAACUAUGGGGUCUCCAUCUGAUGCCCCCACGCAUCCUGGUGGACUGCUGCCUUCCCAAUGAACGCAACGCUCAAAUGAGCUCCUUGUCAUGUGUGCAGGGAUGAUGGUGAGUCUGGAGUGUCUUCGAGAGACUCCUCUCAUCAGUAUCAAACAGCAGCUUUUCACCGAGGCCAGGAAGUAUCCACUCUACCACCUUCUGCAGGUACGGCUGACCCAUGAACCCUCAGCACCUGCUGCAGAUCAUAACCUCUGCUCUGCGGCUAAACAGGAGGAGUCCAGCUACAUCUUUGUAGGUGUGACCCAGGAAGCAGAACGGGAGGAAUUUUAUGACGAAACGAGGCGGCUAUGUGACCUUCGACUGUUUCACCCCAUUCUUAAGGUGAUCGAGCCCCUGGGAAACCGUGAGGAGAAGAUCUUGAAUCGGGAGAUUGGAUUUGCCAUCGGGAUGCCAGUCUGUGAGUUUGAGAUGAUGAAGGACCCUGAGGUCCAGGAUUUCCGUCGUGCCAUACUGAGUGUGUGCAGAGAGGCCAUGGAGGAGCGGGAGGGGGGCGGCGCCCACAGCCAAGCGCUCUAUGUUUAUCCCCCAAAUGUGGAGUCCAGCCCUCAACUCCCACAGCACAUCUACAGCAAGCUGGACAAAGGGAGAUUGAUCGUAACCAUCUGGGUGAUCGUGUCUCCGUCCAACUCCAAACAGAAAUACACACUGAAGGUGAGCCAUGACAGCCUUCCUGAGCAGCUGAUAGCAGAGUCCAUCAGGAAGAAGAGCAGAUCUAUGCACCUUUCGCCUCAGCAGCUCCGCCUGUGUGUCCAGGAGUAUCAGGGCCAAUACAUCCUGAAGGUGUGUGGCUGUGAUGAGUACCUGUUGGAAAAGUAUCCUCUCAGUCAGUACAAGUACAUCCGCUCCUGUAUCAUCGUGGGUCGUCUUCCUCACCUCAUGCUGGUCUCAAAAGACAGUCUCUACUCACAGCUUCCCGCCUCCGGCUUUGUCACGCCUUCAUACAGUCGUCGAACUCCGCAACCAUCUCCCUGUCUCGGAGGAUCAGACGGUUCUCCUCCACGCUCGCUGUGGGCAUUCAACACCCGGCUGAGGGUUCGACUGCUCUGUGCCACCUAUGUCAACGUCAACAUCCGAGACAUCGACAAGAUCUAUGUAAGGACAGGUAUUUAUCAUGGAGGAGAGCCACUCUGUGACAAUGUCAACACACAAAGAGUGCCCUGCUCCAACCCAAGGUGGAACGAGUGGCUGACCUACGACAUCUACCUGUCUGACCUCCCCCGCUCAGCCAGAGUCUGCCUGUCUAUCUGCUCUGUGAAGGGAAGGAAAGGGGCCAAGGAGGAACAUUGUCCACUGGCCUGGGGAAACGUCAACCUCUUUGACUAUAAGGACAUUCUGGUGUCAGGGAAAGUGGCCCUCAGUUUGUGGCCCGUUCCUCACGGACUCGAGGACCUGCUGAACCCCAUCGGAGUGGCCAGUUCCAAUCCUAACAAGGAGUCGCCUUGUGUAGAACUCGAAUUUUCCUGGUUCAACCAGCCGGUGAUGUUUCCUGAUGAGCAGCAAAUUGAAGAACAUGCCAACUGGACCAUCAGCAGAGAGCUGGGCCUCAACUACACACACGGCCUGAACAGUCGUCUGGCAUGUGACAGCAGCGUUUCAGCAGCGGAUGCUGAGCAGCUUCGAUGUCUCUGCUGUAAAGAUCCUCUCUAUGAACUCUCUGAACAAGAGAAGGACUUCCUGUGGAGACACAGACAUUACUGUGUCAAUAUUCCAGAGUCUCUUCCGAAGUUACUUCUUUCUGUCAAGUGGAAUUCCAGAGAUGAAGUAUCUCAAAUGUACUGUUUGUUGAAGGAGUGGCCUCUGAUGGAACCCGAGCUGGCUCUGGAGUUGUUGGACUGUAACUUUCCUGACCCGGUGGUAAGAGAGUUUGCGCUGCGCUGCCUGGUCCAGAGUCUGACGGACGACAAGCUGUCCCAGUACCUGCUGCAGCUCGUCCAGGUGCUGAAGUAUGAGAUGUACCUGGACAACCCGCUGGCCCGUUUCCUGAUAAAGAAAGCGCUGACCAAUCAGAGGAUAGGACACUUCUUCUUCUGGCAUCUCAAGUCUGAAAUGCACAACAAGACGGUGUCGCGUCGUUUUGGCCUGCUGCUUGAAGCUUUCUGCAGAGCCUGCGGCAUGUACCUGAAACACCUGAACCGACAGGUGGAGGCCAUGGAUAAACUGGUGAACCUCACAGAUACUCUGAAACAAGAAAAGAAGGACGAGACGCAGAAAACUCAGAUGAAGUUCCUGGUUGAACAUAUGUCCCGUCCAGAUUACAUGGAAGCUCUGCAGGGAUUUGUCUCUCCUCUGAACCCAGUGCACCAGCUGGGACACCUCAGGCUGGAGGAGUGUAGGAUCAUGUCAUCAGCAAAGCGCCCCUUGUGGUUAAAUUGGGAGAACCCUGACAUCAUGUCUGAACUGCUCUUCACCAACAAUGAGAUCAUCUUCAAGAAUGGAGAUGACUUGCGGCAGGACAUGCUGACACUGCAGAUCAUCAAGAUCAUGGAGAACAUCUGGCAGAACCAAGGUCUAGACCUGCGGAUGCUCCCAUAUGGAUGUCUGUCCAUUGGAGACUGUGUGGGUCUCAUCGAGGUGGUGAAGAACAGUUUCACUAUCAUGCAGAUUCAGUGCAAAGGAGGCCUGAAGGGGGCGCUGCAGUUCAACUCAAACACUCUGCACCACUGGAUUAAAGACAAAAACCGUGGAGAGGCGUACGAUCGAGCCAUCGACUUGUUCACCAGGUCUUGUGCAGGUUAUUGCGUGGCGACAUUCAUUCUGGGAAUCGGUGACCGCCACAACUCUAACAUCAUGGUGAAGGAGAACGGGCAGCUCUUCCACAUCGACUUUGGUCAUUUCCUGGACCACAAGAAGAAGAAGUUCGGCUACAAGCGGGAACGUGUUCCUUUCGUGCUAACACAGGACUUCCUGAUUGUCAUCAGCAAAGGAGUCCAGGAGUCAACCAAGACAAAAGAGUUCGACAGGUUCCAGGAGAUGUGUUACAAAGCGUACCUGGCAAUCCGUCAGCACGCCAGCCUCUUCAUCAACUUGUUCUCGCUGCUGCUUGGCUGUGGGAUGCCUGAACUGCAGAGCUUUGACGACAUCGCCUAUCUGAGGAAGACACUUGCGCUGGAGAAAAGCCAGCAGGAGGCGCUGGAGUAUUUUACAAAGCAGAUGAAUGACGCUCACCACGGAGGCUGGAGCACCAAGAUGGACUGGAUCUUCCACACUAUUCGACACAUGCCCAAUGAGCACUAAAAUACACACAAGGAAGCACUAAAUGUUGUCAUGGCAACAUGAAUCUCAGGGUUGCAGGUCAGAGAAUGCCAAAGGCGUCUUCCAUUCGGUGCUAACGUUAGCCAGUUAGCUGCUGUUGUAGCAUACAUUUGAAUCAAACUUUAUUGAGAAGCUGCUGUAGAAAGCAGAGAGCAAUAAACUCAAGACAAUCAGCCCUAGCCAAAAUGGGUGGGCAAUACUGCAAAUGUUGAUAUCGAUCAGAUACCAAGUAAAUACAGGGCCAGUAGUGCUAAUAUCAAUACUUUUUACUUGAAAUUUUUGUAACAUCAUUGAAUGACUGUGAUUUUGCCUUUAAUUCAUGAUAAGUCAUGAUUAUAAUCAGAAUAAAACACAGGAAAAAUAUUUUAAAUAUUUUUUAGCAACAAAUUUAUAAUUUAAAAAAAUAAAAAAUUUAACAACAUAUAAAUACAACAAUAUAAUACAAUGUAACAAUAGCAACAAAAUAACACAAUUACUCCCUAUAUUUGUACAAUUGUUAGAGCAAAAUAAGUGAAGAAAGCCCUCCAAAACUUAAUGCCUGAGUUUGUAACAAUAUAAAAUAUAUUUAACUUAUAAUGGCAACAAUGUAACGAUAUGAACAACCCAACAAAAACAAAGAUAUACAGAAGAGAAUUUAAAAAUAUCAAUGUCAUCACGCUAGCAUCAAUCUGAUAGUGAUACCACCCUAGGUAUCGAUCUGAUCAGUAUUUGGAACCGAUCAGGGAAAACUUGGCGGCAUUUGAGUGUUAAUGUGCUUUCUCUCAUUAUGUAUUGUUUAUGGAGGUUAAAACAUUGUAAAGCUAAUGAAACAAAACAACUACUAACUUCCUCUUGACUGGUUCAACUAUGACCAUUUUUUUCAUGUUACCUUGAGAAAAAAAAACAAUCAGCUGCUUGUUAGCAUCAUUGCUAAUUGUCAUUCGCUAGCUAAAUACAUGUGACAACAACUAGGAGGUUAGUCUAAGGCUUGUUUGUGCUCAGGUCAGAGGUCAGGUCGCAUUGUGUACCUAAUAUCAACGAUACUAUGUUGCCAUGGUGAUGAUGAAAAGCUGUGAUUGUAAGAUUUCAGUAGGAAUGACUGCUUCAUGUAUUUGACGCAGAUAUAAUCAUUUAUUGAUUUAUGAUUUUUUUUUUUUUGUCUUUAAACGCACACGAUGAGUGAAUCACUGAAGAAACUUUGAUCUUCUACUGUAUGUUGCAAUCUUGUAUUCAAUACAGAGAGACUUAUUCGCUGUUUUGUUGCCAUUGUUGUUGAAAUUGGAGCGCAUGGCUGCAUCAUGUUUGCACUAAUAAAGUAAUUUUUGUUUAU